AUGUCUCUGGAAGGAAAAGAUUUAGGACGUCUGUCUGGCUCAGCUAAAGGCAAACCAAAGGUUGAAGUUUAUGAAAAGGAUAAGAAGAUUGGAUCUGGUGGUCUGAUCACUCCUGCUAAGACUUACAACACUGCUGCAGACUCUCUUAUUGGAAAAACUUCCAAAGCUGAGGACAGUGUCAAAGAGAAGAAGGAUAUAAGGAAGAAAAAAAAGAAGAAGCCAAGACUGAAGUAG